AUGAUCUCAAACACAACCAUCGUUGUUGGCGCCAGUAGGGACAUUGGCUUGGGGUUGGCCAAAUUCCUCGCUCAGAGCCCUCAAGAUCGUGUAAUUGCGACCAUGCGCAAGCCUGUCGUUCUAAGCGAACCUAACAUCCAAGUCAUUCAGCUCGACCAGACCAACGCGGUAUCGGUUGAAAAGGCGGCUGAAGCAAUCAAGGAAGCCGACAACUUGAUCGUCAACGCGGCUAUGGGCGAAGACGAACGUCUCACAGAAAUAUCGACCAAAAGAAUCAUCUUCAUCUCAUCGACUACUCCCUCUCUCACCAAACAAGUUGACUCAGAAUGGGGUCUUCGAGGGCCUGACGCGACAAGCAAAGCAGCUGGCAACAUGUUGGCGGUUCAAUUUCACAAUGAACUUCGCGACCGGGGGUUUACUGUUGUCUCCAUUCAUCCUGGAUGGGUAGCUACAGACAUGGGCAAUUUGGCUGGUCCCGGAGCCAUGCCGGCAACAGAAUUAGUCCAGAAGAUCAUGAAGAUCGUGAAAGGUCUGAGCACGGUUGACGGAGCCAAGUUCUUCAAUAUUGAUGGUACUAUCUUGCCUUAG